GGUGGUCUAGGCGGGGCGUCGUGGGAAGAGGGGCAGGCGGGCGGCUCGGCCUGGGCGGGGUUGGGGCCUCGGAGGCCCCUCCCCGGAGCGGGCCUGAGGGGCGCCCCCCAGAGGGUGCCCAGGACGGCCGAUCCUGACCCGCCCCGGAGCCUACCUCAAAGCUGCGUGGCGAAGCUGCCUUAGGCGACGGGGCAGGGGUGCGGUGUCUGGCGCAUGGGGGUUGGGGUUCGGGAGAGGCCUCUGGACUUGGGUGCGAACGUCAGAACUGUACUGAGCUGCAUGAGAAGUGAGGUUGUCGCUUGUCGCCUGGAGGCCUCGGGUGAUGGAUUCACUCUUCAGGUGGCGAAGAAGCUCUGAGGAGAGAGGAAUUUAUUCUCCUCCACGUCCCAGCCAUGCCCAGCCUCAGAGCUCGCUCUGAAGAGGCAGAAAUGGAGCCCUCAGUUCCUAGACCAUCCCCUUGGAUCCCUGCAGCCCAGGCGUGUGUGAGUGAUGCUCCUGCUGUGACCCACCCUGGAUCAACACUCCGUGAUCCCCACUGCUGUGACUACACUGAGCCAGGAACCACCCCCUCUCACCAUCAGCGGCCAGAUUGGGACACCAGGACUGAGGACAAGGAGUUUCUUCAGAAGAGAGAAGUUUCUGAGGAUUUGGAAUCACAGGCAGAAGUAUCAGAAAACUAUACCAGUGAUUUUUCCCAGGCUUCUGAGCUUGGAGAACUCUGUGAGGAUGUCCUGGAGGGAGAUUGGGCAGCCCCUGACAAUGAGAAACAGGUACAGUCCCACUACCAGGAGCGGGGCUUCACACCAGUGGCAGUGCUCCUUAGCAGCACCUUAGAGAAAGAGCUAGGCUGUAAUGACUUUGUGAGAAGCUUCAGUCUGAGCCCAAACCCAAUGGCAUCUCAGGGAAUUCCUACAGAAGAGAGAACACAUAUGUAUGACAUGUGUGGCCACAGCUUCCAACACAGUGUGGAGUUAACUAGCCAUGAAGGGCUUCACGUAGCCGAAAGCCCACUCAUAUGUAAUGAUUGUGGGAAAACCUUCAGAGGAAACCCUGAUCUUAUCCAGCAUCAGACAAUCCAUGCUGGACAGAAGUCCUUCAUAUGCAAUGAAUGUGGAAAAUCCUUCAGUCAGAAUUCAUUUCUUAAAAGUCAUCAGAGGUCUCAUGUGAGUGUAAAACCCUACCAGUGCAGUGAGUGCAGGAAAACCUUCAGUGUGCAUUCUAACCUCAUUAGGCAUCAGAUUAACCACAGUGGUGAGAAGCCUUACGUAUGCAAUGAAUGUGGAAAAGCCUUCAGCCAGAACUCAAGCCUUAAAAAGCACCAGAAGUCUCACAUGAGUGAGAAACCCUAUGAAUGCAGUGAAUGUGGGAAGGCAUUUAGGCGGAGCUCAAACCUCAUCCAGCAUCAAAGAAUUCAUUCUGGAGAGAAGCCGUAUGUGUGCAACGAAUGUGGGAAGGCCUUUAGGCGGAGCUCAAAUCUCAUUAAACACCAUAGGAUUCAUACAGGUGAGAAGCCUUUCCAGUGUAAUGAGUGUGGGAAAGCAUUCAGCCAGAGCUCACACCUGAGGAAGCAUCAGAGAGUUCACACUGGAGAGAGACCUUAUGAGUGUAAUGAGUGUGGCAAACCAUUCAGCCGGGUCUCCAACCUCAUUAAACAUCACAGGGUUCACACUGGAGAGAAACCCUAUAAGUGCAGUGACUGCGGGAAGGCCUUCAGUCAGAGUUCAAGCCUCAUUCAGCAUCGAAGAAUUCACACUGGAGAAAAACCUCAUGUGUGUAAUGUGUGUGGAAAAGCCUUUAGUUACAGCUCAGUGCUCAGAAAGCACCAAAUAAUCCACACAGGAGAGAAGCCGUAUGAAUGUAGCAUCUGUGGGAAGGCCUUCAGCCACAGUUCGGCUCUCAUUCAGCAUCAGGGUGUGCACACGGGUGACAAACCCUAUGAGUGUCGGGAAUGUGGAAAAACAUUUGGUAGGAGCUCCAACCUUAUCCUUCACCAGCGCGUUCACACUGGGGAGAAACCCUAUGAAUGUACCGAAUGUGGAAAAACCUUCAGCCAGAGUUCAACUCUCAUUCAGCAUCAGAGAAUCCAUAAUGGAUUGAAACCUCAUGAAUGUAACCAGUGUGGUAAAGCCUUCAACCGAAGCUCAAACCUUAUUCACCACCAGAAAGUUCACACUGGCGAGAAGCCAUACACAUGUGUCGAAUGUGGUAAGGGCUUCAGCCAGAGUUCACACCUUAUUCAACAUCAGAUAAUCCACACUGGCGAAAGGCCAUAUAAGUGCAGUGAGUGUGGGAAAGCCUUCAGUCAGCGUUCGGUCCUCAUCCAGCACCAGAGGAUCCACACCGGCGUGAAGCCUUACGACUGCUCUGCUUGUGGGAAAGCCUUCAGCCAGCGGUCCAAGUUGGUCAAACACCAGCUGAUCCAUGCUAGGGAGUGAAACAGAGCUCCAUUCCCGACUCCUCUGGCCAUGUCCCAGCCUCACCCACUUCCCAGACUUGAAGCCAGGCUCACUUGCUGCCCUGUAAACCCAUAUCCCACUGUCCAAAAAACCUCAACCCUCCUUCCCCUGUCAUCAUUCCAGCCUCCUGUGACCUCUUGUUUCUUGCUUGUUUUGUUUAUACAUUUUGUUAUCAGACUGCCACAUUUAUUAGGAGGAAAAGGAUGAUAGAAGAUGCAUAUUCAUGAAUAGAGUUUAUUACUAUAAUCAAACAGAACCAAAAAAGUAAACUGACAUUUGGUUCAAAAUAACAACAGUAAUUCUUUUA